AUGUCAUUUACGAGCGAAAAAGGCGAGAUGGCUGUACCUCAUCGAUUACUUAUCGUUGGUGCGGGACUCACAGGGUCAGUGUCAGCAGCAUUACUCCGGCGAAAAUUCCCAAAAGAGCUCUUGGACAUCACCGUCUGGGAAAAAUCUCGGGGAGCCGGGGGGAGAAUGAACACAAAUAGAUUUCCAGGCGAUUCGAAAGGCUUGUCUUCCGUUGACCUUGGAGCCCAGUACAUUUCAGCUACAUCGGAGUAUUAUUUAAAAUCUCACGAUAGGUACGUGUAAAUUCCUUCUGAAUUAUAUAUAUCCAUCAUACAUAAAAAUGGUACGAUGCGAACCUUACCUUAUUUAGCUUAUCCCGCAGCAUUACAUAAUACUAAAAUUAAGAAUGCAAAGGUUAUUGACGUAAGGGAUAGAGCAAAACGGAUUUAGGGGCAAAUUUCCCUCUUAGGUUAAACCAGAAUUUUCCUUGUCUCCUAUGAAACAAAGGAAAUUCUGAAUUUAACUAGGCUGAAUAUUGGUUUAACCUGAGAACGAAUUUUAUGUAGAAAAAAAAAAUGCACUAAAUUUAUUUUUUGUAGAAUUUUAUGUAGAAAAAAAAUGCACUAAAUUUAUUAUUUGAGUGUCAGAGUAUUUAGCACGAAAGUAAAAACUGGGGACACUAUUUUUACGUCUCCAACUGGAGAUGGGACCGCCAUUAUACAUGGUCAUCCGAGCUACACAAAGAUCAAGCUGCUUGCAUUGCAAAGGGAGUAUCUUCAUUUGUCAGUUAUUUUAUAGUGCUACACGCCUUACCGUUGCCACUCGAAGAAAGUUUUUGAUAAAAUUUUGACAUCUUUUUGACAACUUUCUGAUAUCAGAUGGCCAAUCAGAAUACAUGGAGUCUCCACAGAGUCUCCGUUGGAGAGACUCGAUGGCAACAAUUUGCUGCCGGUUUAAGCAGUGCGAAAUUUUCAAUUCUUUUUAAGAAUGCCACAGCUAGCGUUUUAAUGAAUAAUCUGUUUUCUGAUUUGCUUUUGAAAUUUUCCAUCUAAGCAUUGACUGAGAAUGAAUGAAAGUUUACAUGUCCGUGGCACAUUUAUUCAGUUCUGCAGCUGAAGUUCAGUUUAAAGACGACAAUUUCACUAUCAACAACAGUUGUUUGGGUUCUAAACUUCUAAACAACUAAGUUCAUCGCCAGGUACUUGGAUUUUACAAGCCAAACUUCCCUCACCUCAUUUUGCAAGGGCACGCAGAGUCAACUUCGUUAGCUUGAAUAAAUAUUUUCUUGUAGUCGUGGUCUUUCACUUCUUUCACUGUAUUAAGAAGCAUUUGCAAGAACGCCACAAAAAAAUCUGCUUGACAAACAUUCACCAUAUCGCAAUCCUCGUCACGGCAGUCACGGUAGCUAAGUGUAAUCUUAUCUUCGUCCAGGAGAGCCAGAGAAGAACAAUACUUUUUAAUGCUACUUACAAAACCAUCGUAUGAGACAUUUUCUAGGAGAAAACUUGCAAAAAAACGUUCCAUAAUCGUUCACUUGUUGUGAGACCUGUAAAAUCCCAAGGGAGUGAAUGGACUUAUAAUUUGACAUCUCUGCCCUUGGCAGUUCUCAUGUUCUAAUUGGCUGAAGUUAGCAAAAGGCUGUCAAAAAGAUGUCAAAAUUUAAUCAAAAACAUUCCUCGAGUGGCAACGGUAAGGAGCGUAGCACUGUAAGACCCUGAGUUACUAUUGGUCCGGCCCCAGGGAUCAAGCCUGCGACCUCCCGCUCUGCAGUCAAUGGACUGGACUGAGCUAAAAUUAUUAAGUUGUAACAAUCAGGCAAAUAAAUGCCAUUAUCUCUCAUAAUCAAACGUGUAGCCUGUGAAUACAGCUUCCAGGUGUCUGUGUUUUGGCCCAAAACAUUCUGUACUGAUGGCAUAAAUCUGUUCAGAAUCUGGUCAACAGCUCUGAACUGUUAAUUUAGUGCCCACCAGGUGACUCCCAAUAACUGGAACCAACAUCAAUUUCCCCCGGAUUUCCUUCAUACAUUUUCUGUAAUUAUACUCUCUGUAACUCAAACCCUCGAGAACUCACACCUCCCACUAACUGGAAGCAAUUUUUGUUUCCCUUCUGUAGAGGCUUCUGUGGCCGAACGGUUUAACACCUCAAACUCCCGAUCUGGAGGUCCAGGGUUGAAGCCUCACCUGUCACAUUGUUUCCUUAGUCAAUUAGCUUUGCUCCACUUUGUCUCUCUUCAUCCAGGUGUAUAAAUGGGUGCCGGCAACAUACUGCUGGGGGCUAACCCUGCGAUGGACUAGCAUCCCGUCCAGGGGAAGUAGCAGUACUCCUAGGCAUGCUUCAUACUAAGGAAACCGGGAUAAGCUAUGGCCAUUUGUGCCUUUGGCUUCUGCAGGCCUUUUCCUUUUUUUUACCUUCAGAUCAUUUUUAUACAAUUUUACCCUUGAUAACUCGAUCCAUGUUUCAAGUACAUGAUGAGUUGGAAAAAGUAAGUUUACUGAAGUCUGUCAGAAACACUGAAUUUAUUUCAAAACAACCAUGACAAUUCUUUGUCCUUACUUGUAUGUCACUCCAGCUCAAAUUGAGUGUCUGUCAUUGUAUAUUAAUCAAGCUUUGUUGCUUAAUUCCUUUUUUAAAAUAUCAAUCUUUAACUCUUGCUACCCUAGAAGUAAAGUAUGUAUGAUACUUGAAUCUCCUCCCCAUCCAUUGCUUAUUUUCUUUUUUUGGGUUAUUUCCUUCAAACUCCCAAUAGCUCAAACUUUUUUUUUGCCCAGAAGGUUCAAGUUAUCAGGAGUCGACCGUAGUAGUAUUGUUUUCUUUCAGCAAUUUUUUAUGAAUGAUAAACGAAAACAACAGGAGCAGAUCUAAAAGAUUCAGAAGCGGGGGGGCACUAACCAGCAAUAUAGAUGCAAUUUUUUGAUGAUGUAAAUCAAUAUUUACAUAAUAGGGUAGUCAUGGGGUUUCAAAUGUAAAUUAUUGUCAAGUUUUGAGUUCUGUGAACAAGCGGAAGCAAAACUCACAUGCUUCUUCUGAGGAAGGAUAUAAUAUUUCGCAAAUAUUGACUGUAUUAUAGAUUCAUCCCAUUUACAACAAUGAUAGAUUCUGGACAGAUUUUAUGUCAUCAAUACCGUAAACCUCCGAUUAUAAGCCCUUUAUAAGAGGGCUUGUUUUUAGGGGGAAUGGGGGCUAAAAAAGUGUCUCAAAACAUGCUACAUAGCAGUGCUGUUGAAAAUGCUUUUUGAAUUUGAUUGCUAAACUUCAAAACGUUGUUGAAGUCAAAUCCAUUUCAGGCUGGAGUGGGGCUUAUAUUUUUUUUGGGGGGGGGGAGGGGGAGGAGGGGUGAUAACUGGAUGAAUUUUUUUAUCAGCGGGUAGAUAGACCUACAAAUGGGGGGCUCAUACUCAGAAGUUUACAGUAUGGCAUUUCUAUCGUUAAAGCACAGACAUCCCCCAUAAAAUAACCCUAGCAGCCACGAGCAAGUCCCAAGGGACAGCUGAAUUUGCAGAGAAACAGUCAAAACCUUUCAAAAAGUCUCUGUCGCUUAGGGUAUUGUAUGACUUGAAGCUGAUUUGUGUGAAAACAUUUGCCAAUUCCUGUUGUUUAAUUUCUGCUGUUUAGAUUCUACCAGGAAUUAUUAUCUGCCAAGGUGUUGGUGCCAUUCAAAGGAAUUAUUGAAGGUGAAAAAGAAGCAGCCAAACAUGACUUCACAAACUUUGUUGCACCCUCAGGAAUAAACAGUAUAGUCAAGCAUUUUCUUCACUCUUCAGGUGAGGCAUGUCCCUAUUUCUUCGCACUUGGGUUAGACAUGUCGUUCUUUCUGUACCCUUUUUGGUACUUUUCAAAGGCAUCUCUCUUUCUGUUUUUAGGUGAGGUGUGUCUCAAUAUCUUUAACAUUGAGGUAAAAUUUGUUUCUCCUUCUGCACCCUUCAGAUUAGCCAGAAUUUUUGCCGUUACCUCUCGGGUGUGUAAUUUAAAAUGAAGGCUGAAAAUCAGGCUUCUUUUAGGUAAAGUGGGUCUCUCUUUCUUCACUCCUUGAGAAAGAUGUGUCCCUCUCUCUGUACUCUUUGGGUGAGAUGUGUCCCUCUCUCUGUACUCUUUGGGUGAGACGUGUCCCUCUCUCUGUACUCUUUGGGUGAGACGUGUCCCUCUCUCUGUACUCUUUGGGUAAGAUGUAUCCCUCUCUCUGUACUCUUUGGGGUGAGAUGUAUCCCUCUCUCUGUACUCUUUGGGUGAGACGUGUCCUCUCUCUGUACUUUUUAGGUAAGAUGUAUCCCUCUCUCUGUACUCUUUGGGGUGAGAUGUAUCCCUCUCUCUGUCCUCUUUGGGUGAGAUGUGUCCCUCUCUCUGUACUCUUUGGGUGAGAUGUGUCCCUCUCUCUGUACUCUUUGGGUGAGAUGUGUCCCUCUCUCUGUACUCUUUGGGUGAGAUGUGUCCCUCUCUCUGUACUCUUUGGGUGAGAUGUGUCCCUCUCUCUGUACUCUUUGGGUGAGAUGUGUCCCUCUCUCUGUACUCUUUGGGUGAGAUGUGUCCCUCUCUCUGUACUCUUUGGGUGAGAUGUGUCCCUCUCUCUGUACUCUUUGGGUGAGAUGUGUCCCUCUCUCUGUACUCUUUGGGUGAGAUGUGUCCCUCUCUCUGUACUCUUUGGGUGAGAUGUGUCCCUCUCUCUGUACUCUUUGGGUGAGAUGUGUCCCUCUCUCUGUACUCUUUGGGUGAGAUGUGUCCCUCUCUCUGUACUCUUUGGGUGAGAUGUGUCCCUCUCUCUGUACUCUUUGGGUGAGAUGUGUCCCUCUCUCUGUACUCUUUGGGUGAGAUGUGUCCCUCUCUCUGUACUCUUUGGGUGAGAUGUGUCCCUCUCUCUGUACUCUUUGGGUGAGAUGUGUCCCUCUCUCUGUACUCUUUGGGUGAGAUGUGUCCCUCUCUCUGUACUCUUUGGGUGAGAUGUGUCCCUCUCUCUGUACUCUUUGGGUGAGAUGUGUCCCUCUCUCUGUACUCUUUGGGUGAGAUGUGUCCCUCUCUCUGUACUCUUUGGGUGAGAUGUGUCCCUCUCUCUGUACUCUUUGGGUGAGAUGUGUCCCUCUCUCUGUACUCUUUGGGUGAGAUGUGUCCCUCUCUCUGUACUCUUUGGGUGAGAUGUGUCCCUCUCUCUGUACUCUUUGGGUGAGAUGUGUCCCUCUCUCUGUACUCUUUGGGUGAGAUGUGUCCCUCUCUCGGUACUCUUUGGGUGAUAAGUGUCCCUCUUUUUGUUUUCUUUGGGGUGAGAUGUAUCCUUUCUCUGUACUCUUUGGGUGAGAUGUGUCUUUCUAUCUGCUCUCUUUGGGUCAGUGUAUCCCUCUCUCUGUACUCUUUGGGGUGAGACAUGCCCUCUCUCUGUACUUUUUAGGUAAGAUGUGCCCCUCUCUCUGCACUCUUUAGGUAAGAUGUGUCCCUCUCUCUGUACUCUUUGGGUGAGAUGUGUCCCUCUCUCUGUACUCUUUGGAUGAGAUGUGUCCCUCAGUUGCUAAUGUAAUUCUCUUGUUAAUGAGGUGAAAAUGUUACAACACCGUGACAAACUUCACUUUUAGUUGAUCAGUUCUAAUAUCACCAAUGCCAGUCCUUUCAGAAAACACUUGUCAUCGUAUUUUUCUUUUUUUUAAUUAAUUUGCAGAAUCCAAGGUUUCCUAUGAGACCCACUGUAAUGUGAUAGACUGUUGUGAGAAGCCAGGACAUGAUGGACGCUCAAGGAAAGUGUGGCAAGUAACGGACCUAAAAGAUAACACUGAAGAAUUUGAAUCUGUUAUAAUCACAAUUCCAGUUCCUCAACUGCUUGGGUUAAAGGGUUCAAUUCAAGAUUUUAUAGAAAGUAAAAGACUUUCCUUGGAAAAUGUGGAGUAUUCAUCACGCUUUGCUGUGGGGUUGUACUUUGAUGUGGGAUCUAAAAUAAAUGUACCAUGGACUUGUAAGUACGUGAUUGGAGACCCAAACUUGGCCUUUUUGUCUGUUGACUCCCGGAAAAGAUUCAAUAAAGGUAGGUUUUUACAUUAAAGGUUAAAAGGUUAAAGGCAAUUGUUUAUAGUGGAAAGAGCGCUUAGUUUGUCCACCUAGUUUACAGGCACUCCACUCAAAUAAUUCAAUUAUAACAUAAUAGGGUUUAAAAAAACACACACACACAACUGGACAACUGGCAGGAGGUAACCAGUUAGUUAUGUACAAGAGUGGCCAAGUACUUGAACUUGGGACAACCAAGAACAUAUCCAGCAAGUGGCCAGAGCAGGACUCAAACUCGGGACCAUCGGAUUUCGAGUCCGAUUCCCUGACCACUCAGUCAUGCUGCCUGGUUACUGUGCAGGCAUUUCCGAAACAAUCACUGUUGAGUCUACUGACAUAUCCUUAGUUCAACGAUCUGACAAAAAGUAAGCAGAUCUCUGAAUAUAUACAUUCAGCUCUGAGAAAAUUUGAGGAGGGUAAAUUUUAAAAGUGCCUAGUUGUUUGCCUUUCCUAAGGUGUAAAGCUAUUUUAAUUAGUUGUUGUACAAAUAAGAAUUAAGAAGUCACAUGUAAUAAAGCGAAUCAAAGAUACUGUGAUUUCCCUGUGAUGCUGGCAACGUAAAGACCAGUAUCUCCUGGAAAUUUAGGCUUAGUUUGAUUACAAUGUUAUAUUUUAUCUCUGCUUAUCAGAUCCGACAGACACUGGCCCAUCUCUCUUAAUACAUGCAUCCAAGUCGUUCAGCUUAAAGCACUGGGACACAGAUCAGGAAGCUGUCAAGAACCUACUCAUAUCACAUGCAAGAGAACUUAUCCCUGAUCUUCCUAACCCUAUAGAUAGUCGCUGUCUAAGAUGGAGAUAUUCACAAGUGAUCCGUGGAUUUGAGGGAGCUCCUGGUUGUUUAAUAUUGUCUUCCUCACCUUUACUGAUUGCUUGUGGUGAUGCAUUCACACACACAAAUUUUGAUGGCUGCAUCAGCUCAGCCCAGUCUGUUGCAAAAACAUUUAGUCUGUGA